ACCCAAUUAUAAUCUUACCAUAUCAUAUGUAUGUACAUCAAUCUGUAAGUGACGAUGAACAACCCAACUUUCUCAUUGUAAAUUGCACACUAUCUAUAAGUAUUCCCCAAAACUUGCCAUGACCAUAAAAAUCUUAGUUCAAGAACCAAAAACCAAGCUUUUAUAGCCUCUACACAGUCUCUUUAUACUCCAUUUCCUUGAUUAUAAAAAAAAUGAGCUAACUUUCUUGUUAGCAUCUAUCUAUAGUGGAAGAGAAAAUUAAAGAACGAACGGUUCUUUUCGGCUUCUUCCCAACAGGAAACAGAAAAUGGCAAACUUUGUGAACCAGAAUUUUCAGGCUGAUGUGGAUGAAUCCGGCUUGGAGAUUCAGAAGGAUGCAAAUAUUGCAGAGUUAGAUGAUGAUGGAAAGCCCACAAGAAAAGGGAAUGUUUGGACUGCAAGUGCGCACAUAAUUACAGCAAUUAUCGGCUCCGGUGUCCUGUCACUGGCGUGGGGGGUGGCACAGCUUGGAUGGAUAGCCGGAGUAACAACUCUUGUAGUUUUUUCCGGCAUCACAUAUUAUACUUCAAAUCUCUUAUCCGAUUGUUAUCGAUCUCCAGUCACCGGAAAAAGAAAUUACACUUACAUGGAAGCUGUCAAAAACAACCUAGGUGGAAGAAUGUACAUGGCUUGUGGAAUGGUUCAAUAUGUCAAUCUAUGUGGCAUGAUUAUUGGAUAUACAAUCACUGCAUCAAUAAGCAUGGCGGCAAUACAAAAAUCAGAUUGCUUUCACAAACGAGGUCAUGAAGCUCCAUGCAGUGUUUCUCACAAUCCCUAUAUGAUUGCAUUGGGAAUAUUGGAAAUAUUUUUGUCUCAAAUUCCCAAUUUCCACAAAUUAUCCAUGCUCUCAGUUGUUGCAGCAUUUAUGUCUUUUGGGUAUUCUUCUAUUGGGGUUGGACUUGCAUUUGCAAAAGUCAUUUCAGGCGAAGGAAAAGGAACCACACUUUCAGGUGUGGAAGUCGGAAUUAGCAUAUCGGCAGCUGAAAAGACGUGGAGAAUGUUCAGAGCUCUCGGCGAUAUUGCAUUUGCCUACACAUAUUCUCAAAUUUUGAUUGAAAUUCAGGAUACUUUAAAAGCAAUUCCUCCGGAGAACCAAGUGAUGAAAAAGGCCAAUUUUAUGGCCGUUUCAGCUACAACAGUAUUCUAUAUGAUGUGUGGGUGCUUGGGCUAUGCUGCAUUUGGGAACAAUGCACCAGGCAAUUUGUUAACUGGAUUUGGAUUUUAUGAGCCAUUCUGGUUGGUGGAUCUUGCCAAUUGCUUCAUUGUGGUGCACCUGGUUGGAGCAUAUCAGGUAUUUUCACAGCCAAUUUUCAGUGCAGUUGAAUUAUGGGCUAGCAAGAAAUGGCCCAAAUCAAAGUUCAUAACAAAAGAAUACUUCAUAAACAUAGGAAUUGUCAAAAAACAUAAGUUGAGAAUCAACCUUCUGAGGAUGAUUUGGAGAACUUUAUUUGUGAUAAUGACAACACUUCUUGCAAUGGUGUUUCCCUUCUUCAAUGACAUUCUUGCCCUCCUUGGAGCCCUUGGAUACUGGCCCUUGACUGUGUAUUUUCCCAUACAAAUGUACAUUGCAAAGGGUAAAAUAAGGAAAUGGAGAUGGAGGUGGCUUGUUCUUCAAGUCAUAAAUUUAGUUUGCUUGCUUGUUGCAUUGGCAGCUGCAUGUGGCUCUAUUCAAGGACUUAAUAAGGCUCUCAAUACCUACAAGCCCUUCGAGGUUAAAGAAUAGGGAGUACUUUCGACUUUCUAUGACAAGGAAAGAUGAUUGCUUGAGUAGAAAGUGUUGAACAUGAUCGUCGAUUUCUCAAAUUUAGUAUCUCGAUUACAAGAAGUUUUUGCUUUUGGCAUGGUUAACUCCAUGUGAAAGGCUUGCACGACACGUAAUUAGCUUAGUAGUGGAGCUCGUUGUCGUAGUCGUUGUUUGAUCUAUUUGAAAGUACUUGAUUUUGUAAUAAGAUGAUAUUGUUUUUUUUUUAUAUAUAUAAUUGAAGUGUUUUCCCCUUGGGAUGCAA